UCGCCUGCUGCUGACUACACAAUCCAACAUGGAGUAAUGAGAGAUGGGGCUCCUCUUCGAGACCAGCGCGCACUCUUCAGCCACGGCGGGCGACGCGAGGCGAGAAACCGUCUAUAUAGCCAUCGGGAUGUUGCAUAACGCGAGGAUUAACCAGAUGCAUUGCAAACCGUGACGGGUAAAGUGCAGUGCGCGGAGAAAGAACGAAAAUAAGGAACGCCGAGAGACGGAUUUGGGGGAAACUCGUUGAUGCACUGGACUUUAAAAAAAGGCGAGGUGGAAAAUCGAGACGACAUGAAGCCCGAACGCUGCGUGCCCGCGGUGGGAUAUUAUUUUUAUUGUAGGUGAAACGUGGGGAAACAUGACUGAGGAAUCGCACCCAGACGAUGACAGUUACAUAGUGCGAGUGAAAGCUGUGGUGAUGACGAGGGAUGAGUCUAGCGGGGGUUGGCUGGCUCAGGAGGGUGGUGGUCUCAGUCGAGUGGGUGUCUGUAAGGUGGUCCCAGCUGACCUGGAGCUCCUGGGACGGAACGGCUUUCUCAUCUUUGGAGAGCGGCUCAAAGACAAGCAGGUGAUCCUGCAGUGCUUUCUGAAGAAGGAUCUGGUCUACACUAAAGCCACGCCCACUUUCCAUCACUGGCGAGUGGACAACAGGAAGUGUGGCCUGUCGUUCCAGAGCCCCGCUGAUGCUCGAGCGUUCGAUCGCGGCGUGAGGAAGGCCAUCGAGGACCUCACAGAGGGCUCCACUACUUCUUCCUCCACGCUGCAGAAUGAAGCCGAACUGGGUGAUGAUGAUGUUUUCACGAAUGCCACAGACAGCUCGUCUAACUCUUCUCAGAAGAGAGAGCCAUCCAUGCAGACGCUCGCACCAAUCAGCUUCUCCGAGCCCCACCACUGCAUUCUGGGACAUCUCUACGACCAACACAGACACUCUGACCGCUUCUACCUGGAACAGACGGUGCCCAUGUUCCCGUGUUCCCGUCACGUAAGGUUUCACGAGGAGGAGGAGGAGAUCGUUCGGAUUAACCCGCGCGAGCGCUCUUGGUUAACGGGCUACGAGGACUAUCGCCACGCCACCACAGCGACACGGGCCAAACCUCUGCGGCCGGAUGCUACGGACGCUUACGUUCAUCUCGCUAAGAGCGAACCUCCCAAACACGACUACACUUACUCGUACCCACUCAGUGGGGACGGACACACUCCCCGCGACGGUAAAACGGGCAUCGGUGGCGGCGUGGUCACCGGUCAGCCGCGGCCGCUCACCGCCAAAUGGCUGCCGCGGCGCGUGGAGGACAGCAGAGAGCGCUUACGGUGUGUGUACUGUCAAAACAUGUUCAGUCCGGCCGAAAACGGACGCGGGCGCUGCCAGGAAGCUCCGGACCCCGUGCAGACGUGCAUUCGCCGGGUGAGCUUCAUGUGGUGCGCGGACAGCCUGCUCUACCAUUGCAUGUCGGACCCCGAGGGCGACUAUUCGGACCCCUGCUCCUGCGACGCCAGCGAAGAGCGCUUCUGCCUGCGCUGGCUGGCACUCCUGGGACUGUCGCUGCUAGCGCCCUGCAUGUGCUGCUACGCACCGCUGCGAGCGUGUUACCACUGCGGCAUUGCGUGCCACUGCUGCGGCGGCAAGCACAAGGCCUCGGGGUGAGCGGGAAAACGCGAGCACACCUGCAGCUGGGAAAAACGAAGAAUGAACUUAUGGCUGCAUUUGUGUUUCGCUUUGUUUUUGUUUUUUCCUUCCCGCUGAGUUUCGGAGGGUUGGUCCAUUUUUGUUUCGUUUUCUCAAUUUAAUUGUACUGGACAGCUGUCCUGGUUUGUAUUUUUCUUUGUUUUUAAAAGAGUAACCCUCAGCUUCCAUUUAAAAGACUACACACUAUAAAUAUUCAUUUAUAUAUGAAAAGUAUAUAUAAAUAUAUGUAGAUAUAAAUAUAUAAAUCCAGGUACUUUAUAUUUUUAUGCUCAUGUGCUUUGAAGGUUUGAGUUGUAAUCUUCCUUCCGUCUCGUCUGUGUUUUAAUAUGUUUGUUUGAUUUGAUUUUACUCUCCCGUCAGCCUUUCGUUAUGUCUCUCCAGUCAGAGGCGUCUCUUCUACUGUGAUCCACUCCGUCUAGAUAAGACAAACACAGAGGAAUCCAAAAUAGCUGACCUGUAGGAUGGUAGAUCUUGUGUGUAUGUGUGUGUGUGUGAGGUCAGAACGGAUGUGGGGAAUUACAUUUUGCCAAAUUGCCAAUAUUAAUUUGCUGUGUGGAAGAUGGCAAACACAUGCUGCCCAAAUGUAAAGUACGUGUGUGGGUGAAUCUCAUGUGCAGGUCAUAUUUUACCCCCAAAUCAAAAGAAAACAGGCUUUAUUUAGCCUAUUUUAGGAGCUUUUAGCAUUGUGGCAUUAUUUUUAUGACGGUUAUUUACCAUCCAAAGUGUCAUUACUAUGGAAGACCGUUUCCGCCGCUCAAUAAAAAAUCACAGUUCUGACUUUUUAACUCGCAAUUGUGACUUUUUUUCAUAUAAACUCGCCGUUCUGAGAAAAUGUCAGUAUGUUUUUCUUCUCAAAAAUUCUGAAUUGUGUUUAUAUCCCGCAAUCGCAAGAAAAAAAGUCAGAAUUGCGAUUUUGUAUGAAAAAAAGUUACAAUUGCGAGUUUAUAUCUUGCAAUUCUGACUUUAUAACUCAAUUGCAAGUUUAUUUAUAAAAAGUUGCAAUUACCUUUUUUAUUCAGUGGCGGAAAUGGGCUUCCAUACAUUACACUGUAAAAAACGUUUUCACUCAGAAACUGCUUGUGAAUUUCACAAAUUUAAUUGAAGUGAAAUUUUAAAGUAGCAAGACUGAAAUAAAAGUUUGUUGUUACAUACUCCAAUAAUCAGUUUUUUUUAUAACUUUGAAAAAUCAUUUACCAUAACACCAUGUAAUUUCCAUAAUUACAUAAUUGAUUUCUAUUACAAGAAAAAGAAUAGAGCAAAUAUUACUGUUAUUUAUAAAUACUUGAGCAUUUUUUCAUAUUCCAGUAGAGUAAGUUGUUGCACUGCUGUAAUAAAUGAACGUGCUUGAUUGUUAAGAAAAUAAUAUCACAAUGCAAACACCUAAAACUUUUACUUAUUUUAUUUUCAAUAAGUAAAAUUUUGCAGUUGCUUUUGGGGUGCGAUAUGAGCCGAACAUGUUCUUAAAGGGUUUUGUGAGAUGUAUGUGCCUGUUAUCGAUGUUUUGAAAUGAAAACCAGCCUCAAAAUCGAUGUACCCCUCCUACAGGACGAAAAACAAGAUGUCUUUUUUUCUCUGCCUUUGUCUUAAGCACAACACAAACUAGUACAACUAACAAACAAGAAAAAACAACCAUCGGAACACUGUGCAAGUUGUUGUGAAAGUUCUCAAAAUAUAUUUCCAAUUGCUGGCCUAUCAGCAUCAUCCUUCAAAACAACAUCCAGCCAAUCAGUGGACUGUGACAGCGUUGUCAUGACGACUGUGAUCCUAUUUGUCAGCUGAUGUUUUAUGUCCUGUUUGUCUCUCUUUCUGGUGUCUAUCCUCGAUCUUCUCCCCCUCUCCCUGUGAAAAGCUUUUGCAGUAGUACUAUCUGACGCGUGACUAAAGAGGAGCAGUUUUAUUUUUUUAUUGGUGUCCAGGAGAGUGAGUUCUCUGUCUGUCUGAUGCUCCUGAACAUUCUGAGAUUAAAAGAAAGUGCCUGAAUCAGCCAGUUCGUCUCACGCCUUCUGUCCAUUUCCAAACGUUACACUCGCGCUCUCGUGACAUCUUUUACUCACAUUUGGGCAAAGGAUGUUUCUAUUACAAAAGAUGAAACUUGAUCACAGCGAGGUGUGACACGAUAACACGUCAGUUACUGUUGAAUCUCUUCCAUGUUAGUCUGGUAUUUUCUUCUAACUGCAAAAUGCUACGCAAGUCAAGAUCAUUUGUUGUUGAGCGCAAAAGUAGGGUUUCAGAAGUAAAAAUCAUAUUAAUUUUCUCCAUAGAGAUAUUCAUAUUUAGUAACAACAUAAAUGCUCAGAAACUGUUAAAUGUUGGUACAAUGUCAGAAAUUUCAAAUGUAUUUAAAAACUGUUCCCAACACUCAAAACUAUUUAUAUAUUUGUAUAUAUUUGAAUAUUUUGUAACAAAUAUAUCAAUAAAAUAUAUUGAAUAUAAA